AUUAAAACAUUGAAAGUUUUCAAUCAGAUACUUAAAGAACAUUUUACGAGGAAGUAUUCUUAAUUUCGCUUUUAACCUUGUUCCAUUACGACAUUAAAGCACGUUUAAAUCGUUGAAGUUCUUCUAUAAAUAACAAAUUUUCACAUUUCAUCGAAGAACAGUAGUGAUAUAUAGGUAUACAAAUUUAAGGACAUCUUCUUACCUCAAAAUAAAAGGAUCAACAAGUAUUCCAAUAUUCAACACAAAAGCAUGCACGAAAGUUUAGAGGAAAUUGAAGACGAACGUGGUUAUCGUUUUUAUCUCAAUCCAACAACGAAAGUUAGAUACAAGGAAAAUCCGUCACUUAUCCUUAUUAUCAAAAAUAUUAAGACGAACCUCGGUGAUGUAAAAUAUUCUUGUUAUAGAUCAGCUGUAAAAAUAAUUCAACUUAAGAAAGCCUUAUUUACUUUCUGUAUUCCUUUUCGUUGGGCAUUCGCGAUCAUUCAUAAACACAAGGCGGGCUCGUCACAGGAAAGUGUUAGUCCAUCUCAACUUACAAACAUAAUUCAUGACAUUUUCUUUGCGGCUGAAAAAGCUGGACUCUACAUUGAUUUUAAAAGUUUCAAUUUACAAAAUGCAGUUUCGAUUCUUUCCAACUUGUUUUGGAACGUGUUUGACCAAAAGCGUCAGCAAAAUAUUUCACUUAUGGAGUUGAAACUCUUGACUCUCUUACUUUGUGAAUUGUCACCAAUGAACACUUAUCGUCAGCUAAUUGAUGAUCAUUUUGACAUAGUCAAAGAUCAUAACAAUUGUAUUACUCGAUCUCGUUUCGAUGAAUUCGUUAACAUUGUUGGAAAGUUUUUAUCGUAUCUUGGAGAGCCAAUUUAUUUCGAACGUAAAACAAUCAACGAAAUUGUGUGCGAAGCUUUUGUCAAUUAUCCAGGUAUAAAUGGAAUGUCUCAAUUUACAUUCACAAAUUUAUGGACUUCACAUGACAGCACAAAAUUCUCAAGCUACACAAAUCUUUUUUUACUGUUGAUUCGGUUUAAGAAAUCCGAGCACAUUGUCCAUCAAACUCAAUGUAAUGGAUGUCAUAAGUUUCCGAUUGUUGGAAUGCGAUUUAAGUGUCAGAAGUGCAAGGGAUUGUCACUUUGUUUUGGAUGUUUCAGUAAAGGAUUUGUAAAUCAGCGCCAUUCACUUGCUCAUCGAAUGUUGGAGCUCAGUACAAAUGAGAAAGAACAAAACAAAUUUCUUGCAUUUCUAUCAAAUUUCCUGCAACUCUUUCAUCGCAAACCAAACACGACUAUCAGUCAAAACCAUUCAUCAAUCUCUUCGGUCUUUGAAAGUGAUCAGAAGCAUCAUGAAAAAAACAACAAAUUGAUUGAGAAUGAACAUGUUGAGUUGAUGCAAGUUGAUGAAGAUAUGGAAGGUGGAACAUAUGAAAGACAAGGAAGAAGACGUGGAACGAUUCGUUCAGAAGUUUUUAACAAUUCCGAGAAUGUAUUAACAAAACAACGCGAGUUGAUGGAAAAAUUUUUCGUGAUCGUAGAAAAUAUGAAGAAAGAAGUUGGAAAUUAUCAGAAAACAACUGAAACGAAUGAAAAACUUGUCUCAAUUGAUCCGGAUCUAGGAAAAAUCAUUGAAAAUCAACAAAGUUUCUUAAUGGAUCAAAUUGAUCAAUUAAAAAUCAUUCACGAAGCAAUGGUUGGUUCAUUUGCCUCUUCAAUGAACAAUAAAACCAUAAAGUCAGGGUUUGUAUCUCCAACAACUUCAUUAUUUCUUCCUCAUUCAUCAACGCCUUAUCGUAGCACGAAAGAUAAUUUAACGGACAGCAAUCAAGUACUUUGCAAGUCAAUUAAUGGCCAAGAGCUCAACAAGUCUUACGUAGCAGAUAACGCUGAUUAUUCAAUUGGUGAUGUUUCGUCUUGGUUUCAAACUAAAAUUGCAAAUGGUGUUGCAAAGUCCAAAGACGACAGAAAAAAUCUAGCUGAUGAAACAUUUGAAACAAAAGUUGCAAACUUUCGUAAUUUACUGCUGAAAGUUAAGGAAAUAAUUGAUGAUUCAUACAGUGACAACGUUGAACUGGCAAAAACCACAGCAAAUCUCGAGCAAGUCGUUGCUAAAAUUAUUGACGAUGAAGAGAAGAAGAAGCGAAGCGUUCUGCAAUGAUUUUCCAAUUUUCAAUUCUCUAAUACACUUCCCAAAAUUAUUUUUAUAAUGAGACUAAUUAUGACUUAAGAUUUAAAAUUAGGAAAUUAAGUUAAUAAAAAUUAAAACACAAAACUUC